UCUCUGCCUCCAGAAUGAACAGUGCCAUUGUGGUGUUUCUGAAUAAUGUUGAGAAAGUAAGAAAUCUGAUUCAGAAAGGCAUCAUUGUUAAUAAUGAGACAAUACUGGUUUCUCCCCUCAGUUCCCCAGCUAAGAAAGUCUUGUUGUCCAACGUCCCUCCUUUUAUUUCAGAUGAAGCUAUCUGUAAAGAACUGUCUCGGUACGGGUGAAUCGUCUCCCCCAUUAAGAGAAUCCCUCUUGGCUGUAAGUCCCCACUGGUUAAACACUUGGUUUCUUUUAGAAGAAUGGUCUUCAUGGUUUUUAAAGAAGGUGUGGAAGAGCUGAAUGCCGUUUUUAAAUUCAGAGUUGAAGGCUUUGACUACAAUCUGUUUGUUUCUUCUGAUACAGAUAUUAAGUGUUUUAAAUGUGGAAAAACUGGUCAUCUUGCUCGGGCCUGCCCCGAGAGGCAGAGUGACCCCGGUGUUUCUGAGCGACCGGGGCAGGACGCAGCUCAGUCGGCUGGGGUCGUUCCCCCUGCGGCUACAGUUCGGCCGGCUGCUGAGGGCCCCGGAGCUGCUGCUGCACCAGACCCGAAAGAGAGUGAGCCCCAAGCCCAGCCUGCAACCCAGAAGCCCACUGGAGCUGCAACAGCCCCGGAAAAGCCAUGCACGGCCGAACCGGCCGCGGAAGAGCCAUGCUCGGCUCAACCGGACCGGGAGAAGCCGUGCUCCACUGAGAAGAGCUCAGUGGGUUCUGGAGCAGUGCUGGAGCUGCCUGCGCUGGCAGAGGCAGGCACGGAGGUGCAGAGCGACCGCCCGGAAACACCGGACACUACACCAGUGCUGGGGGACGGGGGAGACGUGGAUAUGGUGGAUGAGCCCGUCUUUAAAGUGCCGAAUAAAAGGAAAAAGCAAGUCAAGAACAACUUCAAUCAACAGUCACACACAGAAAAUGCUGCAGAAAUGAUAGCAGCUCACGAGAUACACACCGAGUACACCUACCAUCAUGAAACAGAUACUCCGUUCUCUUCAGACACAGACUUGGAGGAUCCUGAUGGGCGGAGCCUCAGACCUGGUAAAGGAAAGAAGGGGAAGAAGACAGUGGUGCGUGCUCAGGGUCGAGUGAAUGGUCAUCAUCAGGAGAAUGGCACAGAGCACCUCACACUGUUUGAGAUCAUCAAACUGGGCAAGAGUGCCACUCAGUCGGUGGUAGAUGACUGGAUUGAGGCAUAUAAGAAUGAACGAGAUGCUGCUCUGCUGGACCUCAUUAACUUCUUCAUACACUGCUCUGGCUGUAAAGGUGCUGUGAGUUCAGAGAUGUUUCGUCACAUGCAGAACUCUGAGAUCAUCAGGAGGAUGACUGAGGAGUUUGAUGAGGACAGCGGGGACUAUCCCCUGACGAUGACCGGUCCAGUGUGGAAGAAGUUCCGCUGGGGUUUCUGUGAGUUUAUCAGUGUCUUGGUGCGUCAGUGUCAGUACAGCAUCAUCUAUGAUGAGUACAUGAUGGACACGGUCAUCUCACUCCUCACCGGCCUGUCCGACUCACAGGUUCGGGCCUUCAGACACACCUCUACUCUUGCAGCAAUGAAGCUCAUGACAGCAUUGGUGAAUGUUGCUCUGAAUCUGAGUAUCAACAUGGACAACACACAGAGACAGUACGAGACCGAGCGCAACAAGAGUCUGGGGAAGAGAGCUAAUGACCGUCUGGAGCUCCUACUGCAGAAACGCAAAGAGCUCCAGGAGAACCAGGAUGAGAUUGAGAACAUGAUGAAUGCCAUCUUUAAAGGCGUGUUUGUUCAUCGAUACAGAGACGCGAUAGCGGAGAUCAGGGCCAUCUGCAUUGAGGAAAUCGGUGUGUGGAUGAAGAUGUACAGUGAUGCCUUUCUGAAUGACAGCUACCUGAAAUAUGUGGGCUGGACCAUGCAUGAUAAGCAGGGGGAGGUUCGGUUGAAGUGUCUCACUGCCCUGCAGGGUUUGUAUUAUAACCGAGAGCUGAACUCCAGACUGGAACUCUUCACCAGCCGCUUUAAGGACCGGAUAGUGUCCAUGGCUCUGGAUAAAGAGUACGAUGUUGCAGUUCAGGCCAUUAAACUUCUCACACUCGUCCUGCAGAGCAGUGAUGAGGUGCUGACAGCAGAGGACUGUGAGAGUGUAUAUCAUCUGGUGUACUCGGCCCACCGUCCCAUAGCCGUGGCAGCGGGGGAGUUCCUCUACAAAAAGUUGUUCAGUCAGAGAGGGCCAGAGGAGGAGGGGCUGCCGAGGAGAGGGAGACAGUGUCUAAAUGCAAACCUCAUCAAAACCACUGUCUUCUUUUUCCUGGAGAGUGAGCUGCAUGAACAUGGUGCGUACCUUGUGGACAGUCUGUGGGAGUGUGGAUCAGAACUGUUGAAGGACUGGGAGAGUUUCAUCAGCCUUCUACUGGAUGAACCCUUUCCUGGAGAGGAAGCUCUAACAGACAGACAGGAGACUGCUCUGAUUGAGAUCAUGCUAUGUGCCGUCAGACAGUCGUGUGAGUGUCACCCACCUGUCGGCCGUGGGACAGGGAAGAGAGUCAUGACAGCAAAGGAAAAAAAAACACAGCUGGACGAUCGGACCAAAAUCACUGAGAUCUUUGCGGUGGCUCUGCCCCUGCUCCUGGCCAAAUAUUGUGUGGAUGCUGAGAAGGUGACAAACCUUCUGCAGUUACCUCAGUAUUUUGAUCUGGAGAUCUACACCACAGGCCGACUGGAAAAGCACCUGGACGCACUUCUCCGUCAGAUCCGUGAUGUGGUGGAGAAGCACACAGACACAGGAGUGUUGGAGGCGUGCUCGAUGACGUUCCACGCUCUGUGUAAUGAAGAGUUCACCAUCUACAAUCGAGUGGACAUCACACUGAGCCAGCUGAUGGAUGAGCAGAUCGACAAGCUCAACCGCCUGCUCGACGACUUCCUCAGCGAGGGGGAAGAGCCUGACGAAGAUGACGCGUUUCAGGUUUUAUCAACACUCAAGAGAAUCACAGCCUUUCACAAUGCCCAUGACCUGACUAAAUGGGACCUGUUCAGUUGUAACUACAGACUCCUGAACACAGGGCUGCAGAACGGAGACAUGCCUGAACAGAUAGUUGUCCAUGCAAUGCAGUGCACUCAUUAUGUCAUUCUAUGGAACCUGGCAAAAGUCUCAGAGGGCAGCUCCACACAGGCUGACCUGGUCACCUUGAGGAAGCAGACCCGAGCGUUCUGUCUGAUGUGUCAGCGCUACCUCAGCAGCCUCAGCAUGGUUGUUAAAGAACAGGCCUUCACUAUCCUGUGUGAUGCGUUAAUGAUCUUCAGUCAUCAGAUCAUGGCGUCUGGACGGGAUGUUCUGGAGCCGCUGGUGUUCAGCCCUGACUCGUCCCUGCAGAGUGACCUGCUCAGCUUCGUCCUCGAUCAUGUCUUCAUCGAGCAGGAUGAAGAUGGCAGCACUGACGGACAGCAGGAUGAUGAAGCAGGGAAGAUUGAGGCUCUACACAAGCGCAGAAACUUGUUAGCAGCUUACUGUAAACUGAUCAUCUACAACGUGGUGGAGAUAAGCACCGGAGCUGACAUCUUUAAACAGUACAUGAGAUACUAUAAUGAUUACGGUGAUAUAAUAAAGGAAACGAUGAGUAAGACGAGACAGAUUGAUAAGAUUCAGUGUGCCAAAACCCUCAUCCUCAGUCUGCAGCAGCUGUUUAAUGAGAUGCUCAGUGAACUAGGCUGUAACUUUGAUCGUUCUUCUGCGGCCUUCUGUGGGAUUAAAGAACUUGCUCGUCGGUUCUCCCUCACGUUUGGGUUAGACCAGCUGAAGACUCGCGAGGCCAUCGCCAUGCUGCACAAAGAUGGUAUAGAGUUUGCAUUUAAAGAGCCGAGUCCUCAGGGUGAGGGCACGCCCCCUCUCAACCUUGCCUUCCUCGACAUCCUCAGUGAGUUCUCCUCCAAACUGUUGCGUCAAGACCGCAGGACUGUACACAUGUACCUGGAGCGCUUCAUGACGUUUCAGAUGUCCCUGCAGAGGGAGGAGUGUUGGCUUCCCCUCAUCUCUUACAGAAACUCUCUGCAGGCCGGAGCAGACGAUGACACGCUCUCUGUCCUCAGUGGUGUCAGUGGACGAGGCUCCGCCCGCAGCAGGAAGCCAAGAGUAAACCCCACCCCUUCCAAGAGGAAGCUGCCAGAGGAGGAGAGUAGCUGUAGCAGCACUGAUGCGAGCGUGUGGAUGGCUCGUGAGCAGCAGCCGCAGACUCCCAUGAUGAUGUCACCACCUCCUAUGAUGUCAUCACCCCAUAUGACCUCCACUGUGCUGCGGGAUGCCAAGAAGCUCCGCCCAGAGGAGGGAUACAUGGGCGUGUACACCAUGAGCAACCAAACACAGCACAAUACGUUACAGCGGCCACACACUCCCAUCGACUACAAUACACAGGUAGCGUGGAUGUUAGCACAGCGGCAGCAGCAGGAGAGAGCUAACAUCCAGAACGCUAAGAUGAGGAGUCACAUGCAGCACACCAUUCGGCGAAGUGCAGGUCUGAUGGAGGACGAUGAAGAGCCAAUUGUUGAAGAUGUGAUGAUGUCAUCAGAGCAGCGAUUAGAAGACCUGAACGAGGGCAUGGACUUCGACACCAUGGACAUUGACCUGGUGCGGCCAAUCACAGCGUACUGAAUCAGAGCUGUGUGU